ACUGGCUUGCAGGUUCUAGUCUGUGUGCCCCUCCUGCCUUUGACCGGGAGUAACCUCCGCCCGCGGCGUUGACCUUUGCCCCGCUCGCCGUGGCACUGGCGCUCCCGUCAUCAUUAUGGCUGCCUUCAGUAAGAGUAUCCCGCACGGCUGCUAUGAGAUCGGCCACACAUGGAGCACUUCCUGUACUACGUCCGCUUUCCAAGUCACUGUCGGAGCUUUCCAAGAGUCCCUGAAAAUUUAUGCGCCUCUGUACAUCAUUGCAGCCAUUCUUCGAAGGCGGAAGUUAGAUUACUACGUUCACAAACUGCUUCCAGAGAUUCUCCAAUCAACCUCAUUCUUGACUGCAAAUGGUGGCUUCUACAUUAUGUUUUUCUGUAUCCUCAGGAAACUUCUUGGGAAAUUCUACAUAUGGUCUGCGGGAUUUGGUGCUGCUUUGCCUGCUUCCUAUUUGGCCAUUUUGAUUGAGAGGAAAAGCAGGCGAGGGCUGUUAACAAUUUAUAUGGCAAACUUGGCAACUGAAAGUAUAUUUCGAAUGGCGGUAACAAGGGGUCUUAUCACACCAGUUAAACACGGAGAGGUCCUGUUGUUUUGCUUCACAGCUGCCCUGUACAUGUUCUUCUUCAGAUGCAAAGAUGGCCUCAAGGGAUUUGCUUUCUCAGCACUCAAGUUUAUUGUUGGAAAGGAAGAAAUUCCUACACAUCCAGUUUUGGCAGAACUGCGGAAUAUCAGUGUACCCAGUGGCCAGACUACUGAGCAUCAGGCAAUAGAAGAUCCAAACAAGAAGACCGAGAAGUCUUUUCUAGCCUUGACAAGACAACUAGUUGACAGAAUCUGCAAGUGUGGCCCAAGGCACAGAUGUUGUAAACAUUAUGAGGACAACUGUAUCUCUUACUGCAUUAAAGGUUUUGUACGGAUGUUCAGUGUUGGCUACUUAAUUCAAUGCUGCCUUCGUAUUCCAUCAGCACUUAGACACCUGUUUACAAAGCCAUCUCGGCUAUUGUCCGCUUUGUACAAUAAAGAAAACUUCCAGCUGGGAGCAUUUCUAGGAUCUUUUGUCAGUAUUUACAAGGGUGUAAGUUGCUUCCUCCGAUGGGUGAGAAAUUUGGAUGAUGAACUUCACGCAUUGAUUGCUGGUUUCUUAGCAGGAAUGUCAAUGAUGUUUUACAAAAGCACAACCAUCUCAAUGUAUCUGGCUUCUAAACUAGUGGAGACAAUGUAUUUCAAAGGCAUUGAAGCAGGAAAAUGUCCGUAUGUUCCGCAUGCAGACACCGUCAUCUAUGCGAUUUCCACAGCCAUAUGCUUUCAAGCAGCUGUGAUGGAAGUGCAGAACUUGCGACCUUCCUACUGGAAGUUUCUACUAAGACUUACACAGGGCAGAUUUGCUCUGAUGAACAGAAGAGCAUUGGAUGUUUUUGGCACACAAGCCUCUAGAGACUUCAAAGGAUUCAUACCAAGACUGGACCCAAGAUACACUGUUGUAACACCAGAACUUGAUAUCCAUUCCUGACUUGCUCUGUUUUAUUGGCCAGGAUAAAAUUUUGGAGCAGUGUUUCAGUAUUCCUGGCAGGUUCAACAGCAAUCAGUAAUUCUGGUGUUCUUCCUUUAAAACAAAGUCAAUAAUUAUAUUCUUGCUGUUUUCCUUAAAAGAAAGGCUAUCUAAUUGAGCCCCUCUUCUAUAAUUAAAAGAAAUGUGAAUGCUUAAAAUACUUUUUAUUUGGAACUUAAGUAGCUUCUGUUAAUUAAUCCAGAUUUUGUUACAAUUUUUGCUGGUUGUUUUAAAUGUUAUACACAAACAUUCAGUUUAUUACAGAUGUCAUGCCAACAGCAUUUUUUUUUAGUAGGGUCUCAUCUGUUUUAUGUACAUAUAAUAUUGAAAGAUUUGAGAAACUUAAUAAUUUUCUCUUACAUGGGGACUAUGGUUAUGGUUUCAUUCUUUAUAACUAAUAGUUGACAAACAAAUGAAGUGAACAGAAUUUGAUGGAAAAUAAGUUACAUCCAGCUAUAUAAAUUGAACCACCCACUUGUACUGCUGAAGAAACAUUGCUUUUACCAUUAAAUUGUUCUUUAUUUUUUUUUGGUCAACAAAGCUCUAUUAAUUUCCAGGAAAUAGUCUGUUUAUCGCUAAAUGUUAUCCACACAGUAUCUUAAUGAAAGUCUUAGUAACAUUUUCCAUUGCAGCAUUUGUUAAUUUUCUUCUAACUGAAUGGAAUUUUUUAUACUGUGGAAUAUAAUAAAAAUUAUAAAGAAUAAUUUUGCCUAUAAAUGGAAUGAAGUGUAUUUCAGAAGAAUAAUUUUGUCAUGAGAAAUUAAAACAAAUAAAAGCAAUUCAAUUUGCAAUAUUACUGUGAAAUUGAUCGUAGAGGCUUUUGUUGCGAUUAGGCUUCUUGAGCCCUUCAAGUGCUGAAGAGAUUUUGCUUCUAAUUACGAAACGACAGUCACCAGUAAUUUGUCAAAAAAUAAUGUCGUGUAGAAAUUGAAAUUAUAAAUAUUUAAAAGUACAAUAAAUUUAAACCCCUGUCAAUUGAAUACUGCCACAGAACUUUUAAAAAGUCAUUUCAGGACACAGUGUGUAACUGUGUAAAAAUUGUUUCAUUUGCAGAAAAAAAUGGAUGUAUGCUGGAUCUGUAAGAACUUACAUUUAUCCUACAUCUGAUGUAUAAAUUGAGCUGUUUUAGGAACUUGCAAUAAAAAACAGAUGUUUACCAAGUGAUUUGCAUAUGAUGUCAGGAACUACUGUAAUAUAUCACAUAUGCUGUAAUUGAAAAUAGUGGUUUCCUAGAUCUUAUAUAUGCUAAUUAUAGAAGACACUGCAGUCACUGUUUUAAUCUUAAAAUCUAACUAUACUGAAGCUGUUCACUUGGACCAAAUACAUCAUUUUCAGUGGUGAGUGAAAUUAGAAUGGGAAGUGCUAUGGUUUCCUGAAGAUUUAUGCGGACAUUAUACUAACUCUCAUCAUAAGUGGUUGGCAGUGACAAAAGCUGUGACUUGUAUUCCAUCAAAUAAUUUCUGAUUAAUAAUUAGUAGAAUUACAGGUUAAUUACCUCAUAAAGUAGGACUGAUCACAUGUUGUGAUGGGUUGCUUUGGCACUUUUGAUUAAAACUGUGAGCAUUCAAAUUAUUCCAAAAUAGAAGCUUGAAAUUUUCUCUGAUUAAAAGUUAGAGUGGAAGAAUUGAUUCAAAAACAUGUUAAAUUUAAAAGGAAUUCAUGUCUUUUGUUUUUUUUUUAAAAAGAGUUUAUUGCUUUGGUGUACAUGCAUUGAAGAAUUACAAAGGGCUAAAGGGCAAUUUGUCCCUGUUUAUGUAUGGCUUAUUGUACAAGGAGCUUGAGUUUUGUUCAGGUCAGUGCUCAAUUUUCCAUACUGCCUUAAAUAUCUUCCUAGAAAUCUUGCUUUUGAAACGCAAAAGAAAACAAAGGGCAUGAACCCCUCCAAUGUCAGCAGACUCCAGUGUUGUCUAUGAAAUGUCUUAAUUGCAGAGAAUGUCAUGGCAAAUCUGGAGACUAUACCAUUUAAUUGUAUUCAAUUUUGUAAGGAAAAAUCUCAAUAUGUAAAUCAUGUGUUAAACUUAAUACAUUUGUAAAGUAAUAUAAAUAAUCAUUAAUUUUAACCAUUAAAAUGCAAUAAAACAUCACUGAGACCAAGUAUAUUUUUACAUAUAGUAAUAAUAGAAGAUAGUAUUAUUUAUAUAUUGUAUGUUUUUAUUUGUCCCAUGGCACUGUUUUGAAGAAAAGUAGAGGUGUUACGCUUAGUGCCCUGACCAGAAUUGUCCCUUGAUCAACAUCACAAAGAACAGAUUUCCUGAUCAUUUUCAUACCGUAGGAGUUUGAGUGCAAAUUGACACUAUUUCAUAACAGUGACUGUAUGUCAAAAAGUAUUUCUUCUUGGUUAGUGGUAGUAACUUGAAGCCAAUAAUAAUUUCUUCAAACUCCCAGUAUUUAUGCAUGUUGUAAUCUGCAGUAUUUAGUCUUGGAUUCCAUCAUGUGAGGAGAUGAUGGACUGUAUUCAUGGUGUAUGUUGUUUCUGGACUGAAUAUUAGCUGUUGCAGCUGUAGAGAUCAAUUCAUAAGUGACCGUCUAUUCGACAGCUAGCACAGAUGAAUAGCAUUGACCUGAGAUGCACUGAUGUUUUUUGUCCUGUUGGAAAUAAUUGUUCAUUGAUGUUUUGUAUGCUGUAUAAAAUAUGUUUUGUCUAUCUGUAUGUAAACAUUCCUAAUUUUGUGCAAUUGCACAUGGGGUGUCUCAUGUAAUCAUACUUUUACUGUUACCUUUGUUCCCAUGAUAUAUAUGGGUACCCUUUAUAUAUAUUUUUCAAACCCGUUCCAAUUAAUUAAAAACCAUCUAUUUUCUUCAAUACAGUUUUCUUUUAAAAGCCACCACCAUGAUUUUGAUCAAUCUUGAUGAGUGAAUUAAUAUGAAUUAAUAAAGGCGAUAUGCUCUUAUCAAAUCUGAAGAAAGAGUCAAUUAUGCCCUGA